AUGCCCGGCUUCACCCUCCCAUUCAGCGUACCUGCGAUUGAGUCCUUGGCUAUCCCAGCAGUCUCUUUCCUCAUAUUCUUUCUUGCUUAUUCCUCUCAGUACCUUUUCUACCACCCUGAUCUUGACCCCGGGCCCCUCAGCAUCCAGGAAGCAAGCGUGUUCAACUACUUGGUCUUUUCAAUAUGGUGGUGUUAUGCUCGAGCCUGCACGGUUGACCCGGGUCGAAGAGGAUGGGUUGACAAGGUCGCUCCAGUCACAGAAGGAAAGGACGCGGAUGGGAGUGUUUUGGCAUUCGACAGUGGCUUGCGAUGGUGCAAGAAAUGCAAUGCAGUGAAGCCCCCAAGGGCACAUCAUUGUAGGAAAUGUGGAUGCUGCAUCCCCAAGAUGGACCAUCACUGCCCUUGGACUGGGAACUGUGUCUCGCAUACGACCUUCCCGCAUUUCUACCGCUUUGUCUUUUACGCUGUGCUCAGUAUGUCUAUCCUUGAAUACCACCUAUAUGUCCGCGCCAUGGUCAUAUGGGACAGUCGCACACUUCCAGCAUACCUCGGUCCCCCUGUCUGGGCCAUGGCACAUCUUCUCGUCCUUCUUGUUGUCAACACCUUCACAUUAUUCGCCCUCGGAAUCAUCCUUAUUCGGGCUGGUUAUAGCCUAGCACUCAACACUACAAUGAUCGAGAGCUGGGAGAUAGAGCGCCACGAGGCACUAGUGAUAAGAUCUUUGAAAUCUUCGGGGUAUGUCUAUGCUAGUGGGGGGCAACGAAUGCGAAUCCAGCACCAAGAAUUCCCGUAUGACAUCGGUUUCUGGAAGAAUAUAUGCCAGGCUAUGGGCACAAAGAAUGUAUUCAAGUGGUUCAUGCCUUUCAGUGGAGGGCCAGGUGUCGAAACCGCCGGAAAUUGGGAAGUCAAUGGGUUCGAGGAUACAAGCAAAACGUGGCCUCCGCCAGAUCCAGAUAAGAUGCCAAGAAGUGAGCUGGUUGAGCGACAAAAGUUUGAUGUCAGGCACUAUGGAACACCUGAAGAAGAGUUGGCAGCUUUUAGGAGACGCCAAGAGCAAGAUUACAAGAGAUGGCUGCGGAAGGAGAACGUUGGCGAUGAGGCUGAUGGUUCAGACGACGAGGAAUCUGAGAAUGAGACUGUUGGCGAGGAAGAUGCUGUGAAGGAGAAACGGGGCUGGACAAAUAGUGACGGGAAUCGCCUACACGACUAUGGGGUCGAUGAAGAGGCUGAAGUUUUGGCGGAAGAUGAAAUACCACUAGCCGAACUGUUACGGAGAAGGAAAGCUAGAUCCUAUGUUCAAAGCUAA